AUGCGGCUGCACGAGGCCUUGACAACGGACCAGACGACCAGAAAAUUCAAGUGGAGAGAAAAGUGAUAUGUUUUGUCGGGCUCAAACACCUACGUAAAUAAUAAACAGUCUUCCGGUGGUUAUGAUCAUAACUUUUGCUGGGCAGGUGGUCUGGAGUGGUCACUGGCAAAGGGUAUAUAAGGCUUCGGUGGUGACAGGUAAGGGCAGAACAAGCGUAGACACCAAACAGUGCAAACUGAAGUGACAGUGAGACUAAAACACUCAAGAAUAUAAAACACUCGCCAUAUCAUAGUGACAACUUGACAACGUGCAGCAUUUUUUGAAAAGUAAAAAGAAUUGUCAUUUGCAGCGGUUCAAAGCCACCACCAUGAGGCGUGUUUUGCUUCUUGUCGUCUGCUUAGCAAGCUCGUUCAUCGAGCCUGCAGUCAGCAGGAAUGUUGGACAUUACAAAGGAGGCUCCAUCACAUGGAAAGCAGACGAGGACAACCCGAGUAACGUGGUCGUAUUUUACCGUCUCAACUUCAGACACCAUUACGAGAACGGCUACCUCCACACGCAAUGCACCGACCAGGCUGUCCAGGACAGGUCGGUGCUGAACACCGAGGGAUCGUUCCGAGUUGACGGCCGGUGGAUCUCUUGGGCCAAGUACAUAUGCACGGACUAUGACGAUGAAAUGGACUGGUCGGCUGGAUACUUCAUCAUGCCGUACACGCUGGAGCCGGGUCAAACUAGAGUCGAUGUCAACUUCGAGGAAUGCUGCUGGCCGACCACAGUGGGCAACAACGGUAACGAUCAGGGUAAUGGUCGAGGAUGGAACAUGGUGUCAACGGUGGACAUCUCGCGGCGUCCUGACACGGGUCUGCCCAACAGCCCACCCGUAGCCGGUAGCUUCCCAGUCUACAGGCUGUACAGGGGAUGCAAGUACACACGCUACAUCAGAGCUUGGGACGCCGAUGGUGAUGACCUGCGUUGUCGAUGGACCGACCCGAACAGAAAUGAGUGCAAUGCCAACAACGGAGACAUCUGUGGAGAACUUUUUGUCAAUUCUGAAAGGACAAAGAAAGGCGCCAUCUUGGAAGAGGACACCUGUAAGAUUACUUUCAACCGCCGUAACCCAGCCGGCACCUACGCUGUGGCUGUGAUGGUCGAGGAUUACGCUCCUUCGGACCCCACCACCCCACUGAGCCGAAUUCCCGUCCAGUUUCUGAUCGAGGUCCAUAACAGAGACGGCAAGUGUAGAAAGCCCGAACUACUCGGGGAAGACGGGACUUGUACCACCAUCCCCGCCGGCAGGGAGACGCGAAUCCCCCUCAGAGCUCGUAGCUCCUCUCUGGACUAUGCUAUCACUUCCUUCGAAACCAUCAAGCCAUCCGGCGUCCAUGUCUCCCCUCUGCGCAGAGUGCACGGAUCCAAUGAUGAAUAUACAGUGACCCUGUCCUGGAUCCCAACCAGGGAUCAGAUCGGACGUCACGUGAUCUGUUACGAGGCCGAGGAAGACCAUAAGUUCUCCAGUGACAUGUUCUGCAUUUAUGUCAAUGUUGUAGAUGCAGCCGACUUUGGUCCGCAGUUGGCAGUUGAUCCAUAUGAGUCUACACCAGCCCCCGGAGCCAGACUAAGAGGGGAAACCGUCACCAUUGCAUACAGCAGAGAGAUCCGGAAAUCCCCAAGACAUGCUUUUAUCUCCAUCCUUGACGCCAGCAACAACCCCAUCUACCAAAUCGACUCUUCCUCAUCUGAGAUCACAGUCAGUGGAAAGACUAUGUCUUUCUCCCUACCUUACGAUCUUCCACUUCAGAGAGGGGUGGCUUACAAAGUCCGCGUGGAUGAAGGGGCUGUGAAGAGUGCUAUGGACUGCGAGGCGGCUCCUCAAGGCGACGAGUGGAUGUUUGUCUUCGAGUCGUUCUGUGACGGUGACAACUCACCCCUCGUUGUCUCCCCUGUCGAUUCUGUGCCCGCUCCAGGAACUGAGAUGUUUGGAAAUGUUGUCAGUGUCACAUACAACAAAAAGAUCCAAAAACCAUCAACUAGCGCUUACAUCACUAUCGUCGAUCGCAGAAACACACCCAUUUUCAGGAUCGACACUUCCACAGCUGAUGCGUCAGUCAGCGGCAGAACCCUGAGUUUUUCGGUUCCCCUGACUCUUCCACUGGAAUAUCAGGGGUGGUAUAGGAUCCGGAUUGAUGAGGGUGCCGUGGUGAGUGCUCGGGCAUGUGAGCAAGGCCUGCCGCCUAUGGCGGAGUGGGACUUCGUCUUCGUCACGUUCUGUAGCGACGAGGAAGUGUAUGAACCCCUGACUGUCCUGCCCAGCCAAUCAGUGCCAUCUCCAGGAGAGAACUUUGCUGGACAAACAAUGAUGAUCAGAUACAAUAAAGAGAUUCAAAAACCAGUUGACUCGGCCUACAUCACGAUCUUGGACGCCUUCUACCUCCCCAUUCUUCAAGUCGACACGUCCACCCAGGACGUCACUGUCAGUGGAAACACUCUGAGCUUCGUCCUGUCCAUGGAUCUUCCACUGCAGUUCGGAGGGGGUUACACCAUCCGCGUGGACGAAGGGGCCGCGCGAAGCGCCCAAGACUGCGACCUCAUCCCCCCUCCUUCGGCCGAGUGGGAGUUUGGUUUCGUCACGUUCUGUGCAGAUGGUGGAGAUUACGAACCACUUUCAGUCCUGCCUAUGGAAUCAUCCCCUUUCCCAGGAGAAAAGUUUGCUGGAAGACUGAUGAAGAUUGGCUACAACAAACAGAUCAAGAAGCCCUUUAGACCAGCCUACAUCUCCCUCUUCGACUCCGCCGACUCGCUCCUCUUCCAAAUCGACGCCACAUCUCCCGCUGUUUCAAUCGUCGACGGUACCUCCCUCGGCUUCACCCUUCCCUUGGACCUACCCCUCGCAUUCCAGGGAGUGUAUAAGCUCCGUGUGGACGGCUGGGCGGCCGUCAGCGUUCUGGGCUGUGACGUCUCAAGACCGGACAGCGCAGAGUGGCGUUUCACCUUUCUGACCUUCUGCGAAGAUGGAGGUGAUAGCUUUGAGCCGUUGGCUGUCCUGCCCAUGGAAUCACUCCCGAGGCCCGGUGGAAAUAUCACUGGAUAUGAACUCAAGAUACAGUACAACAAACCGAUUCAGAAGCCUACGUCACCUGCCCACGUCAGGAUCUUGAACUCAGAGGACUCGGCCGUCUACGAGGUGGAUACCACUUCAGAUGAAGUCACUAUCGAGGGCAGCGCACUGAAGUUCUCACUUCCAGCCGCCGCGGCUGUCUUCUUCGGAUCUGACUACAGGGUCAUGGUCGACCAGGGUGCGGCAAGAAGCGCCUUAGAGUGCGAUACUACGCUGUCUGACACGGCCGACUGGCGUUUCAAGUGGACUGGUCGUAGAUUGCCAGGGGAAAUCAUCGAUAAGCCUGUGGUUAGCACUUCACCGCAUGGUAACGCAGAUUGCAGGGAAAACUUCAUGCAGACCUUCGUGUCCAAACGCUUGGUGGGUGAGAUUGAUCCAGCAUCCAUGUACCUGAAUGACAAGAGCUGUACUGGGAGACAUUACAACAAAACUCACUACGUCAUUGGGACGUCAUACGAUGCCUGUCAAACAGAGCCUGAGGUUACGGCGAAUGGCAGAAAAAUGGCCUUUAGGAACGUCGUCUUCAUCCCACCUCAGCCUUACACUCCCGGCAGCGAGAUCACGCGAGAUCACUUCAUCGAGAUCCACCUGACCUGUCACGUGCCGACCGAUAGGGUCAGCUACUUGUCCUUUGACCCCAACGUCACCACUAUUGUGUACUACGAGGAAGGCUACGGCAACUUCAACUUCUCCCUAAAGAUGUACGAGGAUGAGAGUUACAGACGGGCCUACCGGCCCAGGGAGUUCCCCGUAGGGGUCCAGCUCAACCAAGCCAUGCACUUCGAGGGCCGUGUGACCUGCAACGGGGACUGUGACCUCAUGAUUGACACCUGCUGGGCCACGCCUACAUCCAACCCCUUCGAUCUCACCCGGUUCCCGUUUAUAACCAAUGGAUGCCCAAUUGACGACACAGUUGCGCUGCUGGACUCCCCCUCAAGUCAAAAGGAACGAUUUGCAAUUAACUCCUUUGCUUUCUUGGGCGACAACAUUCAUGGAACGGUAUACGUGCACUGUGACAUGAGGAUCUGUGACGUCAAUGACCCCAACUCCAGAUGCACCAUGGGAUGUGACUCUGAGGACCAAUCACCUACCGAGGCGCAAUCUGAAGAUAACAAUGAGCUCCGCCCAGAGGCACCUAGCCGAGGUGACGUACCGCACAGUGAGCUAGUGUUUGGACGCGGUAAACGUGACGUCAGCAGAGUAGGCUCCUCGUCAGCCGCUUAUCCGAGCACUGGUGGCCAGCUGAGAUUGGGUGGUGAACAAAUUGAUGUCAAGUCAAACCAAAGUUUGGCCGUCAAUCCAGACGUUGUGGAGAUCGCAAUGUUAGGAGCCAUUAUGUUGCUGUUGCUCGUUCUUGUGGCCAUGCAGUGCAGACGGACAACUCGGGCGACCGGAAAAGCGUCUAUGUCAGACGUGUAAUCAUUACGCCCUAUGUGGUCAGUGAAGGCCGGUUGUAUCUUCGUAUUAUUUCAGUGUAUCUGAUUCAAAUAUGUAUACAAAGUACAUUUGUGAGUAUUAAUUAGAAAUGUUGUGUUCAGUACCUGCAAUAUUAUUUGUUCCAAAUGUCAUGCAUCGUUACCAAAACAGUAUUUUGUAAUAAUAUAUUUGUGAUUUUACUCUGUGCACGUUUAAUGCAAUGUUGAAACUUAAUACAAUUUUUUCAUAUUUUCCUGUGCAUUUUAUCGUGUCAAGGCCGGUUACAGUGUCUACAACAUUUUAAGGAAAUGCAAUUCUAAUUUUCAGACUCCACAUCUUCUGGUUUAAGGUUUUACGCAUGCUAGAUUCAUUGAGAUUUUAAUAUCAAUGUUGCAAUAUUUAAGUUUUUUUUCUUUUCAUGCUUCAGGAAUUUUAUAAAUUGUUGAGACGUUAUAAAUUUAGAGUUAUAAAGUGUAUAGUUCUUAACUGUUUUCACCGUUACUUCAUUGUGAUUUCAACGGGGUAUAGAUAUCAGUAUUAUGCUACAGCAGAAGUAUUAUGCUAUCAAAAUUAUUGCAACAAAUUUAACCUGUCUUUCGAUUGCUAUUUCGGCGGGAAUAUCUGUCAAAUUUGUUUAUUUUUUGUGAAGAAAAAAUCGUUCAAAGACAAACUGAGCUUCUUGGAAAAGCAA